UGAAUUUGAGGAUGGGGAAAAUGGUGAGGAUGGAGCUGCCUCCCCCAGGAAUGUGGGCCACAACAUCUACAUACUCGCUCACCAGUUGGCUCGGCAUAACAAAGAACUUCAAACCAUGCUGAAACCUGGAGGACAGGUGGAUGGUGAUGAAGCUUUAGAGUUCUAUGCAAAGCACACGGCACAAAUUGAGAUUGUCAGACUGGACCGAACAAUGGAACAGAUUGUCUUCCCCGUGCCCAGCAUCUGUGAAUUCCUGACUAAGGAAUCCAAACUGCGAAUAUAUUACACCACAGAGCGGGAUGAGCAAGGCAGCAAGAUCAAUGACUUCUUCCUGCGCUCCGAGGACCUCUUCAAUGAAAUGAACUGGCAGAAGAAACUUCGAGCCCAGCCUGUCUUGUACUGGUGUGCCCGAAACAUGUCCUUCUGGAGCAGCAUCUCCUUCAACCUGGCCGUCCUAAUGAACCUGCUGGUGGCAUUUUUCUACCCAUUUAAAGGAGUGCGGGGAGGAACGUUAGAGCCACACUGGUCAGGCCUCCUGUGGACAGCCAUGCUCAUCUCUCUGGCAAUCGUCAUUGCUCUGCCCAAGCCCCAUGGCAUUCGGGCCUUAAUCGCUUCCACAAUCCUACGAUUGAUAUUUUCUGUUGGGUUACAGCCUACACUGUUUCUUCUGGGAGCUUUCAAUGUCUGCAAUAAAAUCAUCUCCUGUCACGGGCUGCGAAGGGGUGGAGUAGGAGAUGUGCUCAGGAAGCCAUCCAAAGAGGAGCCUCUGUUUGCCGCAAGGGUGAUCUACGACCUGCUGUUCUUCUUCAUGGUCAUCAUCAUCGUUAACCUGAUUUUUGGGGUCAUCAUCGACACCUUUGCUGACCUGAGGAGUGAGAAACAGAAGAAAGAAGAGAUCUUAAAGACCACAUGCUUCAUCUGUGGCUUAGAAAGAGACAAGUUUGACAAUAAGACUGUCACCUUUGAAGAGCACAUCAAAGAAGAACACAACAUGUGGCACUAUCUGUGCUUCAUCGUGCUGGUGAAAGUGAAAGACUCCACAGAAUACACCGGACCAGAGAGCUACGUGGCCGAGAUGAUCAGGGAAAGAAACCUCGAUUGGUUCCCCAGGAUGAGAGCCAUGUCCCUGGUCAGCAGUGAUUCUGAAGGGGAGCAGAACGAGCUGAGGAACCUGCAGGAGAAGCUGGAGUCCACCAUGAAGCUGGUCACCAAUCUUUCUGGCCAACUGUCGGAACUAAAGGACCAGAUGACAGAGCAGAGGAAGCAGAAGCAAAGAAUCGGCCUUCUAGGACAUCCUCCUCACAUGAAUGUCAACCCACAGCAGCCAGCCUAAAGCCAACAAGACGGAGGGACUGUAC